CAGUAACCCAUGAGAUAGGGUUUCGAAAGGAAAAAAAAAAAUCGAUCAUUCUAGUUUGUGAUUCUCUGACAUCCCGUUUGUUGACCAUUAGUGCUGGGCAUGUAGGCAGCUCGACGAGGCCCUCGAAACUUCUGCUACCUUGACGUCUCGAAGCCAAGAAUCCACAACAAGUUCUUGUUAUCUACCUUUUCCCGGUCUUUCAUUCCUCGUCACUCUCAACCAUGUUUCAUCUUGCUUACUUUGAAGAUGGAAAGAUUGUGAAUGCUGAGAAUAUCAUCUCGCAUCGGUUCACUGACCGGCUUCAACUUCGAAAAGCGUUACAGUUAGCAGAUAGUAUCCAUCAGGAUGGGAAUAAGUAUCUCGCUCUGUUAGGUGAUACUGUCAUCAAGUUGGUUCUUGUCAAGGAGGGCCUUUGUCGACAUGCGACCCGUGGUCAGAUAAGCAACAUUAUAUCAGAGAAGUUGUCCAAUACCUAUCUUGCGCAGCGAGGCUUUUCUACGGGUCUGGCAGAAUGUGUCUAUAAAAAUCGAUCCCAAGGGAAUACAAUCUAUCCGGGCCCUAUGGCUUCUACUGUAGAGGCCAUCAUUGGAGCUGUCUUCAUUGAUAGCGGAGAGAAGGUUACGGCUGCUGAAGGUGUUAUGGAGGCAUUGGGCAUUUCUUGGCCUGAGUGAUUUCUUCAUCACAGGUAACGUGUCACUUGCCCCUCUUCAAUAAUAGUCAAGUUCGGAGUGACUGCUCGUGUUAAUAGGGCUCUAGUUACUCCCCGUAGGGGCCUACAUAUGCUUCUCUGCUAGGGCUGGUCGGUGGGACUAUAAAGACGCGGAAGUCCCAUUUCGAAGCACGUGUUAUUGCAAUUUAAAAGUAAUAGGCUUUCCACACUGGCGUUUCUUCUGUUCUUCAACUACAGCUUUCUUAAGGCCCUG